CACUGAAACUCACUCAUGAAGAUGUCAAUAUACGCCACCGUAGAAAGAACACUGUUCAAAGACAAAAACGGCGGAGCAACCCAUUUCACAAUCAUCAAACACCGCUUCUUAAGCUUCUUAAUCUGGCAAGCCCUUCGGUUUACUUUUUUACUUUUUCUCUCCAAAACCAUUUUACUUUUCCUCUUCACUCAAUCCCCUUAUACUCACAAUUUCCUUUCCCUCUUCUAUUUCCUUUUCUUCCACUUUUCCCUCUUCCUCUUCGCAAUUUCCCUAUUCAUUCUCUCCUCUCCUAACCCACUUCCCUCUGCAUCUCCGCUCGACCUCCUCCUCGGUUUGGCUCGGCUUCUUUUCGUUUCCAGAGGCUCGGCUGAGCCGGAACUUAGGAGAAAAAUUAGGGUGUCAUUGAGCUAUGUUUUGUUUGUGAACUUUUGCGCAGUGGCGGGUGCAGUUUCCUUAAUUUGCGUGUGCUGGGGUUGUGAAGUUUAUAAUGUAGAGUCGAGGUCUAGAUGGUAUGAUGUAUAUGGGAAGUUGGGGGUUAGAGGUUUUGUGGUGGGGUUGUUUUAUGGGAUGCACUAUGUGUAUAAACAGCGAUGGCUUUUGCGAUUUCCGAUUAUUCAGCGUCCUCCUUUCUUCAGCUUUAAGAUAGGUCUUCCCUUAGCUGUUGGGCAAGCUUUAAAGUUUUCAGCUGCUGGUUACCUGUUAUCAGGUGUGCUAGCUUUUUUCCUACCUAAUGGAUAUACAAGUCAGGACACGAUGGGAAAGUUCAUGAGCGAGCAGAUUAUCUUCUAUAUUGGAAGCUUUGUAGUGAUUCUUUGUUGGGAAUUAAACCAUCAUUUACAUCAGGUGAUACACACAAAGCGGUUUGUAUUUGCACCUCCAAAAGGCUCAGCAGCUGCAGAAACAAAUCCAAGCGAAGCACUUCUUGACACUCUUGAGGAGAGCACAACAAAGUCUCUUUUGCAGUAUCUUGCAUAUCUUGAUCUAUGUAUGGUAUGUGAAAGCAAUGUUGAUACAUGGCGCCGAGCAGCAUUCUUUGAAGAGACCGGCGAGACUUAUAAAAGAGUAAUAGCUGUAUGCUUGAGGCCUCUGGAACAGCUCACUGUAAAGCUAAAUGAAAGUCUAGAUACCCCUUCAAUAGAUAACUCCUCCCACCUGUCCAGCCAGUUAUACUUGCCGGCAAAGGGACCUGAAUACUCUAAACUCUGUGAAUCAAUUUAUGACACCCAGGUAUGUGCCCGGAUUGUUUCAUCAUUGACUGCACGUUCACACAAGGAGGACAGAUUUGGGAUUGCUCAACUCUCUGGAAGUAAUGCUGCCGUUAUCUCAAUCGUACUAUCAUGUUUGCUGGCUGUUGAAACUCUCAUGGGGAAGAAGACCAACUUACAGUCCCCAAAUCAUCUGAUGGUUCCUGCUGGAAUCAAUUGGGCCACAAUAAGCACAGAGAGAAGAGACUCUACUGUAGGUGCCACAGGAAAAAGAAGAAAUAGCCCUUUUUAUGCCAAAGCAUAUGAAAUUGCUGGUAUUUUGAGGAGUUCAAUUUACUGCAUUGUCUCUGCCUUCCACAAUGAGAUGCUCAACAGUUCUAAAGCAGGACAUCUUGAGAAGGAUUGGAUCGUUAGUGGUAAGCCUCUCUAUGGAACCCACGAGCUCCUUUUACAGAAAUUGCGUCUUUUCUUGGAUUACCAAGCUUAGCUAGUGGCUCAUUUGUUGGAUCUUUUCCUCUCAUUCCGUGUGGAUACAAAUUUUGAAUUGUCACUUUUAUGAUUCUUGCAAUGAGCUGAGGUUUCCUUUUUUAUUAAAUAGAAAAGAAAAAAAAGGAAGACAGACAGUAUACCAUGUAAUCCGCUUCUCUUGAAUACUCACAAAUAUACUGUAAAAGUUCCAUUAAUAUAUGGAUAUUUGGGAUCAUUUCUGAACCUAUAUUUUGUUUUAGUAUGGCUGUCAGUUUGUAAUUUCUCAAAGUAUAUAUUUCACAUUUCUGUCAAUUAUGCAAAA